AUGUCGAAAUCGAUCACUCUCAUCACCGGCGCCAACUCUGGGAUAGGUUAUGCCACAACCCAAGUUAUUGCUUCUCACGCAGACUAUCAUGUAAUCAUGGGAUGUCGGGAUCUCGACAAGGGAAAGACAGCUCUAUCCGAAAUCCAAGCCAGCGGCAUUCAAGGAACACUUUCUCUCCUCCAACUCGAUGUUACAUCCGAAUCAUCAAUUUCUGCGGCAGUGGAUGAAGUCGCCAGGACCUUUGGGCAUGUUGACGUCUUCAUCAGCAAUGCGGGAACUACAUCUCAAAGUGAAAGCGGACUCGAUAAGCUGAAAACUAUUUUUGAUGUCAACGUCUUCGGCGCCAUGCUUGUAUCCGAAGCAUUCGUGCCCCUUCUACUGAAAUCAGGCCGACCAUAUCUGAUUCAAAUCUCUAGCGGCCUGGGUUCAUUGGGGAUGGCAGCGGACCCGAAGUAUCCUAUCUAUCAAUCUGCUUGGGAUGAGUACCGAAUGAGCAAAGCUGCCCUGAAUAUGAUGACACUUCAGAUGCACAAAAGGCUGUCGGCACAGAAUAUUCGAGUUUUCGCUGUCUGUCCCGGGUUAGUGAGGUCGCGAUUGAGAGGGGAAAGUGAAGCGGCGAUCAGCGCUGGCGGUGCUGCUGGCGAUCCGGUGGUCUCUGGGAAGUUGAUCAUGGACAUUAUCCUAGGGAAGAGGGAUGACAAUGUCGGAGAAUUUGUUAACAAGGACGGGACUUAUCCUUGGUAA